AUGUCUUAUUACGAUCCAUAUCAAGGCAUGUCACAACAAUACGUUGGACAACAAUACUACCCGCAGUACUUUUCAGAACAACAGAACCAAUACGGCAGUGGCGAUGAAUUUCCCUUGGGUGACAGAGGCUCCAAUGGAAUGGAAGGGAAUUUCAAUGACUAUGGUACCAGCCAAACUCAAUUCAGCGGGUUCGAUUCGGGAAACGCAUCUCACUGGGUGAACCCAAACAGCUACCACCCUGAGUUGGAUGUCCAUCACAAUUUUUCCCAGCAUAAUGGUAAUGGUAAUGGUACAUUUCAGGGGAACAAUGGAUUCCAUGGCAUUGAUGCACCAAAUAUUGGAUCGACAGCAGGAGGUGAAUUUUAUGCCGAAGACAGCUCUUACUUAAAUAACAAUGGAUCCAACGGACAAAUUGCAUACGGCAACAUGUUGUCGAACGAGUAUGAUCAAGGAAUGUUGGCAUCACAGUCAAAUGACAUCUAUCAGCAUCAAAUUAACGGUGGUCCAAAUGCAUCCAAUGCUCAAGUCGUGGGCACUGGUACCAAUAUCGGUGUAGGUGGCGUUGGCGGUGUGUCCGCUGCGACACCAAAUGCAGCUCCAUCACGUACAGUCUAUUUGGGAAAUAUCCCCUCCGACAUUCAACCCAAUGAGUUGUUGGAUUAUGUACGUUCGGGGAUUCUCGAGAAUGUGAAAAUCAUACCAGCAAAAAACUGUGCAUUCAUUUCAUUUAUUGACCAUCAGCUGGCUUUGCUUUUCCAUUCCGAUUGUAUUUUGAAAAAGCUCAAUAUCAAAGGACACGAUAUCAGAAUUGGAUGGGGGAAAAACACUUCUAUUUUGCCCGCGGUAUUGGAAGCAAUUCAACGUGAUGGUGCCACAAGAAACGUCUACUUGGGAAAUUUGAAUAAUCCAGCAACGGGACAAAUGAUUACUGAAGAAGAAUUGAGAGAGGAUUUAUCUUGUUUUGGUAUUAUUGACAGUAUAAAAAUUAUCCCAGAAAAGGGCAUUGCAUUUAUUCAUUUUUUGAGUAUUCUUAGUGCUGUCAGAUGUGUGGCUAACUUGCCAACGAAGGAGAAGUAUUUGGACAAGAAGUGCUUUUAUGGAAAAGAUAGAUGUGCAUUUAUCACCAAAACUCAACAACAUAAUGCUGCUCAAUACUUGGGUUUAGCUCCUGGAAUGGAACACAUUGUUACCGCAGCAGAUCGUGAAUUUAUAUCCAGUGCUUUGGUUCAACAAUCAGCAGCAGCUGCUCAAAUUGCAACUCAGGCUGGUGGUGCUAACAAUUUGGGAAAUCGCACAGUUUAUUUGGGCAAUUUGCAUCAAGAUUCUUCUGUUGAGGAGAUCUGUAAUGUUGUUCGUGGAGGAUUGUUGCAAAGUAUUCGGUUCUUGAAAGAAAGACAUGUAUGUUUUAUCACUUUUAUUGAUCCAAUUGCUGCAGCUCAAUUUUUUGCCAUGUGCCAAUUACAUGGAUUAACCAUUCACAACCGAAGAAUCAAAGUUGGUUGGGGUAAACAUUCCGGACCGUUGAGUAAUGCUCUUAGUUUGGCUGUUUCCAAUGGUGCUUCAAGAAACAUUUACAUUGGUAAUUUGAACAAUCUUGAAUUUUACAAUCCAAAAAAAUUGAGAGAGGAUUUUUCAAAAUUUGGUGAUAUUGAACAAAUCAAUUACCUUGAAGAGAAGAACUGUGCAUUUAUCAAUUUCGUGAAUAUUGCCAAUGCUAUCAAAGCCAUCGAUGGUAUUAAGCUGUUUCCUGACUACAAGAAUUUGAAAAUCAAUUUUGGUAAAGAUCGUUGCGGAAAUUUACCUAGACAAUUUCAAAGCCAGGGCUUGCCUUUGGGUGGUGGAGCUAUGGGUCUCUUGGAGAGUGCUGCUGCUAAUACACCAAUGGGACAUCAAGGAGCUACCCCAACUACCAAUGGAGGCAGUGGUGCCGGAACUGUAGUCAGUGGAAGUGGACACGGCUCCUUGUCUGACUUGGGAGAUUUCAAAGAUUUGAGAGAGGGAACUGCUUUACAAUCUGGUCAUAAUGCGUUUGAAAUUACCACCGUAGGUGCAUCAAGAAGCAGCUCAAACUCGCCAUUGCAAUCGCCACACGACUCGUUGUUGCAUUGA